AUGAGCAUGGACGGAGAUGUGUAUGAUGCCUUCACCCAGAGUGGUAUCAUCCAAACACCAACUGCAGAGCAGCAGGCGGCAGCUGAACACUCACCUCUCCCUCAGGGGACAGCCUCACCAAGCAGUAACCCCUGCCAGGCGCAGGAAAACCUGAAAGUGGAGUCAACAAGCCCCAGUCUGCUAACCACUGACAACACCCUUGAGCGUUCCUUUUUCAUCCGAAUGAAAUCUACUCUGACCAAACGCGGCGUGCAUAUCAAAUCAUCAGGAUAUAAGGUGAUUCACAUAACGGGCCGGCUACGCCUGAGAGUGUCACUGUCCCACGGGAGGACUGUCCCCAGCCAAAUCAUGGGUCUCGUGGUUGUGGCGCACGCCUUGCCUCCGCCUACAAUCAAUGAAGUCAGAAUCGACUGCCAUAUGUUCGUCACGCGAGUAAAUAUGGACCUCAAUAUCAUUUACUGUGAAAAUAGGAUUAGUGAUUAUAUGGAUCUGACCCCUGUAGACAUUGUAGGGAAGAGAUGCUACCACUUCAUCCAUGCUGAAGACGUCGAGGGCAUCAGGCACAGUCACCUGGACUCAGACGGAGACAAGGACGUGCCAAAAGUGGGCGACGUAGAUGAGUGCACACUGCCCUCUAGUGGCCACCCAGCUGGUGCGCUCUUGGGGUGCGCCCAGUUGCUGCGAUACUACCCAAUGCUGAAUAAGGGUCAGUGUGUAACAAAGUACUACCGUUGGAUGCAGAAGAAUGGAGGCUAUAUUUGGAUACAGUCUAGUGCCACCAUCGCGAUUAAUGCCAAGAAUGCAAACGAGAAGAAUAUCAUCUGGCAAGCACACUCAUGCCUUCAAGUCAUCGCCAAAGUGCGGGAAUACAUUCUGAAGGGCCGGUGUGCUGAUGAGCCAUGGUUGUUAGCAUCUCGGCUCCCUUUGACUGUCUCAAAGAAAAAUGGGACUCAGGUUUUGCCCCUGCCCCCCGCUAAUGUGGUGUCUUCUUUGUCUCCUCUUCCCGCUCCCACCCUUGGCCGCGGACCCCACGCAGAGGACAACGAGAACUCCAAGUCUGACGAAAAGGGGAACCAGUCCGAGAACAGCGAGGACCCAGAGCCGGAUCGGAAGAAGUCAGGCAACGCGUGCGACAACGACAUGAACUGCAACGACGACGGCCACAGCUCCAGCAACCCCGACAGCCGCGACAGCGACGACAGCUUCGAGCACUCGGACUUUGAGAACCCCAAGGUGAGCGAGGACGGCUUCGGCGCGCUGGGCCCGAUGCAGAUCAAGGUCGAGCGCUACGUGGAGAGCGAGUCGGACCUGCGGCUGCAGAACUGCGAGUCGCUGACAUCCGACAGCGCCAAGGACUCAGACAGCGCGGGCGAGGCGGGCGCACAGGCCUCCAGCAAGCACCAGAAGCGCAAGAAGAGGCGGAAAAGGCAGAAGGGUGGCAGCACCAGCCGCCGUCGUCUGUCCAGCGCGUCGAGCCCUGGCGGCCUGGACGCGGGCCUGGUGGAGCCCCCGCGGUUGCUGUCGUCCCCCAACAGUGCCUCAGUGCUCAAGAUCAAGACAGAGAUCUCGGAACCCAUCAACUUCGACAACGACAGCAGCAUCUGGAACUACCCGCCCAACCGGGAGAUCUCCAGGAACGAGUCUCCCUACAGCAUGACCAAGCCCCCCAGCUCUGAGCACUUCCCGUCCCCCCAGGGCAGCGGUGGUGGUGGCGGGCUGCACGUGGCCAUCCCCGACUCGGUCCUCACGCCGCCCGGCGCCGAUGGCACAGCCACCCGCAAGACUCAGUUCAGCGCCUCGACCGCCUCGGCCACCUCGGCCUUGGCCCCCGUCACCUCCGACCCACUGUCACCCCCACUCUCAGCAUCCCCACGGGACAAGCACCCUGGGGGUGGCAGCGGGGGUGGCAGCGGGGGCGGCCCCAGCGCACCCAACUCCUUGCUGUACACUGGGGACCUGGAGGCACUGCAGAGGUUGCAGGCGGGCAACGUUGUGCUCCCACUGGUGCACAGGGUGACCGGGACUCUGGCCGCCACCAGCACAGCCGCGCAGAGGGUCUACACCACAGGCACCAUCCGCUACGCCCCUGCCGAGGUGACCCUGGCCAUGCAGGGCAACCUGCUGCCCAACGCGCACGCUGUUAACUUCGUGGACGUUAACAGCCCCGGCUUUGGCCUCGACCCCAAGACGCCCAUGGAGAUGCUCUACCACCACGUGCACAGGCUCAACAUGUCGGGACCCUUCGGCAGCGCCGUGAGCGCCGCCAGCCUGACACAGAUGCCCGCCGGCAACGUGUUCACCACGGCGGAGGGACUCUUCUCCACGCUGCCCUUCCCGGUCUACAGCAACGGCAUCCACGCGGCACAGACUCUGGAGCGCAAGGAGGACUGA